UUGAAUAUGUCAUCCAUAUGGGACAAAAUGUGCGAAGUAUUCACAUCGCUGGUGCGUCCGACGCGUCGCAAGACACGCCGGGUCACAUUUAGUCCAAGCACCUUACAUCGUGAACUCGUACGACACAUACAACUAUCGGCAUCUCGUAAUCCGUUUUUCAAUUUCCUAGCCGAGGUGCGUAUGAAAGCGAAUGGUGGGCAACUAAUGCAUCCAGACUGUGGUUCGAUGGCUUCGCGGGAAAUGGCACGCAUCGCUAAGACCGCUGGUUUCCUGUGGAAUUCAAUGACGGACGAACAAAAAAAACCAUAUCGAAACAUUGCGAUAGAGCAGCGCAAACUGAAGAGACUGCGACGAAGGCGUUCCUACUUAACUUCACGCAAACGAAAGAAACGCAAACCCCCAGUAGAAUGCAAGUGUCUGUUACCACCGCAGCCCACUGUUGAAGAACAUCUGUAGCAACUACUUCUGAACAUUAUCAUAUUGUGGUUGGCAUCUUCAAUACAAUUCAGAGGGUGCGGAGAUCAUUUUUUGUGCAAAAUUUAUGUUUAACUGUCUCCUAUUUUCCUAAAAUGUUGUUGUGUAUCAUCAAUUCUCUACAGCUCUUCUUACUGCACCUAUUCAGGCCGCAGGCAAUCGGUAAUAAAGUGGUUCAUUAAAACAAA